CGUCGAAAGCUGUUGUGAUUCAUUGAACCAACAGCACAAUAGCAUCAGCCGCGACGCUAUGCGAUAGUGAAUACUUGAGCAUCUACAUCCAGCGUGCGUUUGCAAUCACCACAAUAAUCAAUAUUUGCGUUCUUUUUGCCUGUGCCUCCCGAUUUUAUCAGCAUGCGACAGCCAUCCCUUUCUCAUUCUUGACCUAACAGCUUCUACCCACCGCUGCGCACAACAAUCGCCAAAUCGAGCCGUACCAAACCUUGCACUCGCAGUCGCCGGGACCCGACAGUCGCUACCAUCCGGCACAGCUCCGCUACAUCGGCAUCGCUAUCCCAAGUUUUCCUCGACAAUUGUUCUCGGCGACACCUCUCGGCGUUCAUUAAAACCUACCCCAUUGCGACAGAUCUAGUCCUCGCCAGCGCAGAGAGCUGUCGGUCGCGCGAUGGCCGACUACGACCCUGCUCACCCGAGCGGUGGGUGGGAUGAAGAUGGGGAAUAUGAUUUGACUGGUGGCAACAAUCAAGAGCAUAUUCAGCAGCAUAGCACCGAUCAAGUUCAAGCAGAGUAUUCCGUUGAUCCGACCCAGCGUGCUUCAGGUGACCUCCCAUCUCCCGAUGGCGCCACCGGCGAUGUGGGUGCCUACGACCCAGCAUCGGCGCCCGCCGCUGGUGCAGCCCUCCAGCCAGCCGCGGACCAGGUCCCCCACAGGCCUUCGCCCCAGCGCGCCGUCAAGCAGAAGCCGCGGACGGCAGGAGGCUUCCUAGUGGGAGACUCCGACUCCGAGGACGAGGCGCCGGUUGCUGCACCGAGUGGUCCUGCUCCGGGCGCUGCAUCGCAGUCCUCUGCUUCACACUCCUCUCUUCAGCAGCCCAUCACCGCCCGGCAGGCCACAGUCGUCCAUCCCAAUGCCGGCCCUGCUCCUCAAGUGAAUGCUGCUGCUGCUGCUGCUGCUGCGACAUCUUCUGGUCUGCCGGAGAAUGACAACACCGCUGGACCUUCGGCCUUCGGGGUCGCGGCUGGCCCAGUCGCUGUUGACAAGAACUCCCAGCUUGAGGAGCGGGUUCGCAAUGAUCCCCGCGGUGCAAUGGACGCAUGGCUGGCUCUGAUCGCUGAGCACCGGUCCAAGAACGACAUUGAGCAAUCGAGACAAACUUACGAGCGCUUUCUUGCCAUUUUUCCCCAAGCUGCUGAUAUCUGGUCUGAGUACCUCACGAUGGAACUGGACAUGAACAACUUCCCCGAAGCUGAGCUCAUCUUCAGCAAGUCUCUCCUGUCAACCUUGAACGUGAAUCUGUGGACCAAGUACCUGGACUACAUUCGCCGGAGGAACGACCUGAACGACAGCAGCGGCAAUGCUCGCCAAACCGUCUCACGCGCCUACGAGUUCGUUAUCGACAACAUUGGCCUGGACAAGGAUUCCGGCAAGAUCUGGGCCGAGUAUAUCCAGUUCAUCAAGUUCGGCCCCGGCACAGUCGGCGGGAGCCAAUGGCAAGAUCAACAAAAGAUGGACCAGCUGCGCAAGGCCUACCAGCGAGCCAUCUGUGUGCCCAUCGCCAACGUCAACACGCUGUGGAAGGAGUAUGACCAGUUUGAGAUGGGUCUCAACAAGCUGACUGGCCGCAAGUACUUAGCCGAGAAAUCUCCUUCGUACAUGUCAGCGAAAAGCGCGAACACGGCCCUUGAGAACAUCACUCGGGGCUUGCAGCGGACGACUCUUCCCCGCCUGCCCCCUGCUCCUGGCUUCGACGGUGACCAGGAGUACAUGGAGCAAGUUGAGAUCUGGAAGAAGUGGAUCGCAUGGGAGAAGUCGGACCCCUUGGAUCUCAAAGACGACAAGGACCAGCCCGAUCUGUACCAGAAGCGCAUUCUCUAUGUCUAUAACCAAGCCCUAAUGGCUCUGCGGUUCUGGCCCGAGAUGUGGGUUGAUGCUGCUCAAUGGUGCUUCGACAACAACAUCACCGCCAAGGAUGGCGGUCCGGCCGGCCUUGACUUCCUCACCAGAGGCAUUGAAGCGAAUCCGGAGAGCGUGCUUCUUGCGCUGAAGCACGCUGACUACAUCGAAUCCACCUACCCGAUUGAGGAGAACGAUGAGGCCAAAAUUGCCCGUGGCAAGGCCGUGCGCGCCCCCUACAACAAGGUCUUGGACACCCUCUACGAUAUCGUUAAGAGCGUCAAGGACCGUGAGACUGCUGAGAUUGCGCGCAUUGAGGAGGCCGCCAAGGCAGCUGGGGAGAACGCCACCAGCAAGUCUGAUGAGGAUGAUGAGGAGGACGAGGAUGCCAGGUCUUCGGACACGAGUGCAAAGGACAGCAGGUUGAACGACCGACUCCGGGCCGUCAAGCAAGGGUAUGCCGCGCAGACUCAGCUUCUAUCCCGGACUAUCUCGUUUGUCUGGAUCGCACUCAUCCGUGCGAUGCGCCGUAUUCAGGGCAAAGGCAAGCCCAACACGGAGCUUGGCGGCAUGCGGCAGGCGUUCCAGGAUGCUCGUCAUCGUGGUCGUCUAACCAGCGAUGUGUAUGCUGCCGUGGCACAGCUGGAGUGGACCAUCUACAAGGACCCCGCUGGCGGCAAGAUUUUUGACCGUGGUGCCAAACUGUUCCCGGAGGACGAGUAUUUCACCUUAGAGAACAUCAAGUACCUUCAUUCCCGUGAUGACUUCACUAAUGCUCGCGUCCUCUUCGAAACCGUCGUCAACCGUCUGACACAGAAGCCUGAGACUGUGCACAAAGCCAAGCCGCUGUAUGCAUACUUCCACAAGUACGAGUCCCAAUUUGGUGAGCUUGCUCAAAUCACCAAGUUGGAGAAGCGCAUGGCAGAACUCUUCCCCGAGGAUCCCAAGCUUACCAACUUCACCGCCCGGUACUCUACUGAGAAAUUUGACCCCAUCGCCGCUCGGAUUAUCGUGUCACCCACCACCCAACUCAGGCCUAAACUCCUGAUGCCGUCGAUUGAGCAGGGCACCUCCCUGCAGAACUCGCCUCGCCUUCCGCCUUUCGCGACCCGCGCUAGUCCCGCCCCUCAGUUCUUGCCUGCCACCAACUCCCCAAAGCGACCCUUCCCAGCCGAUGACUUCGAUGAGCCGCCGCGCAAAAUCCAACGUAAUGAUUUCGGCGAAUUCCAGCGCGGGGCUUCGCCACUCAAAGGUGCCGCUGGCCGCCGCCUGGACCAGCAGCGCCGGAUGCAGGGUCAGGGCGCAGCUUCAUACGCCGCCGGCCCGGCCCCGAUUGCGCGCGACAUCACAUUCCUCCUCAGCCAGAUCCCCCGGGCUGACCUGUACGACUUCCACCGCUUCAACCCGGCCCAUCUGACCAACCUGCUGCGCGAUACCCCAGUCCCCGAGUACUCGACGUGGAAAAACACUCGCCAGUCUUCAGACCAUCCCGGCGGUCAGCACGGUGGUUAUCAGAACCGCGAUUCGCCCGCUCCCGUCGGCAGGCCGCUCAGCCCCUACGUCGGUGACGCAGCUCGCAGUCGCCUCCCCCCCGCGCCGUCGGCUGCUGCCCCGUACAGGCAGAGCUCCAUCCGGCCCGGAUCUAGCGGAUCCUACGAGCCCCCUCCGGCCGUCUACAACACCCAGGGCCUGGUCCAUCCUCCUCCCCAGGCAGGCUAUCCUCAUCCCUCGCCGCACAUGCAGUACGAUGGUGGUGCCGCCGCUGCCCCGCCGGCCGCCUGGCCGCCUUAUCCGCCCCCGCCUGUCGCCCAGCAGGGCUAUGGUGGUCCGCCCCCGCCCCCGCAUCACUUGUAUGCUCAGGCGCCGCCGCCGCCCCCCCAGCAGGGAGGCUAUCCCCGGUAUCCUUACUAGUAGUGGUGGUGAAGGAGCACGGGCUACUUUUGGGGUGAUUUUUGAUCGGUCUCCGGGGUGGAGAUGCUUGGUUGGCAGGCGAUAGGCAUGGAUGAGCGGGGAGGAUACUGAGCCUCCUUACCCUGUCUAACUUGAUGGACUUGUUUGUUUUUGUACAUAGUAUAAAGGAGGUUGGGUGCAUUUGUUGCUGGGGUCUUUUCUCGGGUGGCUCGUUGUGCGUAUGGCGUUUGGGAAAGAGGGUCUGCCAUUUACCUCGUAAGUUCGCGUCCACAGCAAAGAGAAGGUGAGGGCAUACCUUUGGCCUGGCGUGGCAGUGUUUGCUAUGACCUAGCUGGCUGUCACCCUGCCCUUUGGUGGUGGAUGACGCGUAUGCUGGCAGGGAGACAGGCAGUCUAUAGGCAGAUGCGGAAAAUGAUUGAUCUGGUAUGAGACAAGAAGAUCUCUGUCUGUCCUGGAGAAUGUGAUGCUGUAACGGG